ACCGAGGGAGGAAGAAGGAAACUCGGCUUAUCCCUGCCCCGCCCCACGCCACGCAGCGUGAGCCGGAGGUGGAGGCGGAGCCAGAGCGAACUGAGGCCGAGGCUCCCCCCGCUCCGCGCCCCCCGCCCCCCACCCCGUCCCGUCCUUCUCUCCGGAGUCCUAGCCUGGCCUGGCCUCCCUGCAGCUGUUCCUUUUGAUCACAGGGCAGGAACCUGCCGGAUGAAUGGCAGCUGCCGAUGACUUAAAAUUCGAAGAAUUUGGCGACGCGGCCAACUUGCUGCCGGCCCCGCCGGAUGCCACGGCUGUGACCAUCGAGGAGCCCAGUCAGAAGCCCCCCGCCCCGAGGGGCCUCCCAAGAGGCCCGGGGAGGGAGGAGGAUGAAGAGCUGCUGAGCCACAGUGACUCGGAUAAGACCGAGCUCCUGGCUGGACAGAAGAGAAGCUCCCCCUUCUGGACAUUUGAAUACUACCAGACCUUCUUUGAUGUGGACACCUACCAGGUCUUCGACAGGAUAAAAGGCUCGGUUUUGCCUGUCCCUGGGAGAAACUUUGUCAGGCUGUACAUCCGAAGCAAUCCGGAUCUCUAUGGGCCCUUCUGGAUAUGUGCCACCCUGGUCUUCGCCAUCGCCAUCAGUGGGAAUCUCUCCAACUUCCUUAUCCACUUGGGGGACAAGACUUUCCAUUAUGUACCAGAAUUCCGGAAAGUGUCCAUUGCAGCCACGGCCAUCUACGCCUAUGCCUGGCUGGUCCCUCUCGGCCUCUGGGGUUUUCUUCUGUGGAGAAACAGCAGAGUGAUGAGCAUCGUCAGCUAUUCAUUCCUGGAGAUUGUGUGUGUCUAUGGCUACUCGCUCUUCAUCUACAUCCCUACGGCGGUCCUGUGGAUCAUUCCUCAGAAGGCUGUGCGCUGGGUGCUGGUCACGGUUGCCCUGGGCCUUUCGGGCUCCGUCCUGGUGAUGACGUUCUGGCCUGCCGUCCGUGAUGACAGCCGGAGGAUCGCCAUCGCCACCAUCGUGACCAUCGUCCUGCUUCACACGCUCCUGUCUGUGGGCUGCCUGGCAUACUUCUUUGAUGCCCCUGAGCUGGAUUAUCCUCCUGUGGUCACCCCCACUACUACUCAGAAGCAAACAGCUGCAUCCGUCAAGGCCGGGUGAAGAGGACCCACCUGGGCUGGGUGACGAGGACCGUCUGCUGUCUCUUUUCCUGUUUUGAGGAAUAACGGAAGCCCAAGAGACGGGACGGACCCCUCUGCAGAUGCCUGGCCUCUGGAGGCUAGCCAGCCCUGGAAUAACUUAGAUGCUGUGUGGUCCCCGCCUCUGCCCCAUCCCCUUCCCAGGAUGGGCUUUCUCUUCCUUCUCAUCUUCGACAUCCUUGGCGUCAUGGCUGGGCCUUGGCAUCUGUCCUGACAGCUGUCUCCCGUGGUCCUAUGACCUUGAUCGCUGGUUGGAGCUGUGUCCACAGCACUUGAAUUAUUUAUCAUUCUUGCUGGCAGGUGAGAAUUCAGCAGUGCUGAAUGCCUAAUGCCACGCUUCCUGCCCAGCAUCUCCGGGCUGGGGAGGAGGCUGGUCUCGCUUCCCUCUUCCCCGUGGGGGAUUCUGAGAGCUCACUGAAGGGCCGGCUCUUGUGGGUGACUAGAUUCCAGGUCAUUGACUCAAACAGUGGUGCAAUAAAUACCUCGCAGAACGCCCCA